AUGGAGAAGAAAUCAGUAGCUGCCUUGUCCUUCCUCCUCCUCGUUCUUCUUGUUGCACAAGAAAUAGUGGUGAGUGAAGCAAACACAUGUGAGAAUUUGGCUGGUUCAUAUAAGGGAGUAUGCUUCGGUGGAUGUGACGGUCACUGUAAAAAACAGGAGGGCGCUAUUAGCGGCAGAUGCAGGGAUGACUUUCGCUGUUGGUGCACUAAAAACUGUUAA